AUGAAUUCAUAUCAACAGAAACUAAAUCCUCCUGAGAAUGGGUCUGAGGAGUCCAAGGACAACUUAGGUGAACCCUUGGAUGGCACCUAUCAAGGUGAUUCAAAUAUGUUCACUUCUGCUAAGAGUAGCAGUGACGAGAAGAUCCAUUACAUCUCUGUGGCUCAGGAGAAGAAGCAAAACGUGAGUAAUUUGAAUGCUAAGAAUCCGAUAAUGGUGCAUAACUCCCCUAAUUUGGAUGAUAUUGACGAGUCUAGUAUUACUAAUAAGCCUGGGAAUAGCAAUGAUGGUACAAAAUUUGAAAAUAACGAAUUAGAAUUUCAAAAUCUCAACUCUUUGAAAGGAAGUGAACCCAGAGACACUCCAUCAGCCUUUGCUGAUAAGGAGCAAGAACAUGUCAGCUUGACUUUGAGCAUAUCAGAUAAUACAGAAGUGAGGAAGAAUAAUUCUGUCCUUGAUGAUUUAAGCUUGGAUAUUGCUACAGAUUCACAAAAACUUACCAAGUUCACUAGUUCCACUCAUAGAAAUAAUGACUAUACAGAGAUAAACUUUAAGAAAGAAGCUCGGAUCCCAGAAAAUACUGGGAUUAAGAACUUUAUUUCUUCAGAAAAGAAGUGUAGCUUCGCAGAUUCACACUCAACUGCAAAUUUUAAGAUGGAAUCCUCAGACCAGAAAGCAAAGAAGAAUGAGGAUCAUAGCUUAUUCACAAGAGUCAAGAAUUUUAGACCGGACUCAAAUGUGCCCAUCCUGCUAGGGAAUGUAGAUACCAAGGCCUUUAACAAGCACAGUACCCAGAGGAACCAAUUUAUCAAGGAAGACAUGCGAGAAUCUCAAGAGGAAUUCACAAGUUUUGAGAAAUUAAUUGGCCAAAAGGCCCAGCUUAUUCCUCCCUCCAGUGACUCUUCAACGACUUGAAUCCCUGAAAGGGUGACUAUAAGUGACUUUGAGGGCCAGGCUCCAGUGGAAUACGCAAGGCCUUACCAAGAAAAGUCAAGUCUGAAAAACCUUAACGAACAGAUCUACGAGAGGCUUCUUAGAGACUCUGAGAGCAUACGUCAAAAAGUGAAUUCCACAGCAAGGGAUACCAAAAUUCAACCCUAUCGCAAGGGGAUGUACUCCCAUCAGAGGGCUAACUCUGAGCAGAACUUUGAAAACCUCAAGAUUGAGGACAAACUGAUGCAAAAGUCCAUUCAAUCUCAGAAAAGGUUUGAAAUCCUCAGGAAAACCUACGAAGUUAAGGAACAGAGGAAAUGUAGGAAUAAACCCUUGAUUAACUCCAAGACUCAUGAAAUCACCAGGGAUUCCAAGGCUCUCCAACAACGCCAAAUUGAUCACCUACACAAAUAAGAAGGUUGAUCUUGAAAUCAAGAGGAAGGAAGAGGAGCAUAAGGCUAUGAAGGAAUGCACAGGAAAACCUAAGAUUAAUGAGAGGUCAAAAAGGAUCAAAAUGAGCAAUAUUUCACAGUUGGUAAAACCAAGAGCUAAUAAUCAUAAUCUUUGCAAGGGGAAGAAGUUUAAGAGGACUAAGAAUAACAGUUCAUCUAAGAGAAAGCCUCCUACUGGCAGGAACACCCCAAAUGGGGUUACUCUGAUAGAGUCUCCUGGGAGAGUUCAGCCUGCUGUUGAAAUCACACCAAGGAGUAUACUUUGAACACCUCAAAGUGACUACUUAGAUGGAUUUGCACAAAAUGAUGGACAGUUGUCAAUGAAUUGCACAAGCAACCAACAUUUUCUGAAAGAAGGAGAAGAAAGUCUUGUUCAAUAUGCGAAAUCUCCAAAUCCUAAGCCUAAAAAGGUAUCUUUCGGCUUUGUAAGGUGCAGUUCAACUCCUCAAAUUGAGGUAAAAUCUGUGAACACCAUUCAGAACGAUAGGCAAAUGUUUUAUGAGCCAUUGCACCAUAAAGUGGAUAGAGUAUUUUUCGAAGCAUGAGAGCUUAAGAGAUAUGAUCCUUCUCAGAUUAACUUUACAACAAGUCGGCAUAAGAAAGUAAGAGUCCAGACGAAUAUUGAGAAUAAAGAGAAUGAAAAUUCAUGCCAGAUCUCCCCUAAUAGAUGAAAGACCAGCAGACAAGGCUCUAUGACUUCAAUGAUAAUCAAUGGAAAGCUGAAUAAUGACCCAGUAAUCCAAGUCCCUAGGGGGCAGAGUAAGAAAGCAGAUAGAGUUUUGACAAGGAAUAAUAUUAGACCGAGGAAUCCAUCUUUCUCAGCAAAGUGACUUUCUGGAUAUGUAGAGAGUGGGGCCCCACUGAAGUCAAGAGAGUUAGCAACAGAAAUGAACAGUACAUGUGCGAGGGUCCUGAAGGAUCCUCGUGUCUACCUCAAAAAGCCGAAGGAAGGAUGCCACUGGGGCAACAAGCUUAACGGCAAGAACUUUUUGGAGAGAGGCAAGGUCUGGACCUGGAAAAGAGACCUGAAGAUUAAGCAAAGUGCAGAAGCACAGAGAAGAGACGAGGUCCAUGACUGCACGUUUAAGCCAGACGUCAAGCCAAAGAAGUCACCUAGCAGAGGCAGAAAUUCGAUAAGGAGUUAUAAAACUACUAGAAACUCUCCUUCAAGAGAGAAGAUGGGUAAGAAGGUCUUGUUGAAUUCUCCAUUGUCUAAUUCAACAACUGGAGAUCUUGGAACCUCAUACAGUUCUCAGUAUGCGAAGAAGUGAAAGUACAGGAAGAGCCAGUCAAAGAAGAGAACACAGAGGAGUAGAUGCUAGUCUGACACUUGUGAAUGUAAUCAAAUUAAAAAUCAA